AGGAGAAUAAUAAUAGUCAAUAAAGGCCAGAGAUUCAACAUGACAACAAUGGGUUCAGUGGGAAAUUGCCAUUCUUAUUCUCGGCUUACUUCUUCCUCGUUUUCUAGUGUUGUCCCAGUUCGAUCCCGAUAAAGGCAUGGAAUUAGCUAAAUCAAUCGCCACCGGCACUGCUCCUCCCGAUGUUAAAGUUUUUAAUGUGCUAGACUUUGGUGCCACGGCUGAUGGAAAGAGCAUCAGCUCCAUUAAUUUCAUCAGGGCAUUCAAAGAAGCCUGCAAUCAUGCAGGGAAGGCAAUGUUACUGAUCCCCGAGGGAGAAUUCGUGUUAGGAUCGGCUUUAUUUUCCGGUCCGUGCAGCUAUGAACCUCCUUUGAUGGUUAGUGUAAUCGGAACUAUUAUUGCACAAGAUGAUACUAAGCCGGCAGAAGAUGCAGAUUGGAUCAACUUCCAAAACCUUGAUGGUUUAAUCAUAAGUGGGAAGGGUGUUUUCAAUGGUAAAGGUGAAACGGUGUGGAAGCCGGAAUGCGACAACCUGGGAUGCGGCCGAAUGCCUUCCACCUUGAAGUUCAUCAAGGUGGACAAUGCUGUCAUUAGCGGCAUUCAGUCCGUCAAUGCUAAAGGUUUCCAUGUUAUGAUCAGUAAUAGCAACAACUUAAGGAUCGAUGAUGUUAACAUAUCAGCUCCGGCCAAAAGCCCCAACACCGACGGCAUCCAUAUGAGCAAGACCAGCAAUCUCAAAAUAACAAACUGUCGCAUCGGCACUGGUGAUGAUUGCGUCUCCAUCAUUCAUGGAUCCACCAACAUCUCUGUCGAGAACACCGCCUGUGGCCCCGGACACGGCAUCAGCAUUGGAAGCCUUGGACACUACGAUUCAGAGGCAGAUGUUUUCGGUAUCACCGUGAGGAAUUGCACGCUGACGGAUACCGAAAACGGUGCAAGAAUCAAAACUUACAAAAACAAUAGUCCAAGCAAAGCAUCAGGCAUUAUUUAUGAAGAUCUGGUAAUGAAAAACGUCAAGAACCCCAUCAUCAUAGAUCAAGAAUACGGGAACAAGGCCGACUCUGAGAGUUCGAAAGUGAGUAUCAGCGACGUUCAAUUCACAAACAUCAAAGGAACAUCAGCAAGCAAAGUUGCAGUACAACUGAUAUGCAGCAAAUCAGAUCCAUGCCAAGGCAUUUCACUAAAGAUAGACUUACAGUUCGCAGGUACUAAGAGGCUAACAUUCCUCAGCUCCAAUUGCACCAACGCCAAAGUCACCUACUCCGGCACCCAGAGCCCCCCGCCCUGCCCUCCUUAAACCACGGCCUUGUAUUUUUAUUUCUCAAAACUCACAGUCAUCCAUCCACAAACUGAUUCUUAUUUCAUG